AUGGCAGAGCCAGAAACCUGGGCCGAACGCCUCCAACGAGCGGAGACGCUCCAAGCAUCCCUAUCAAACAUCGAUGCAAAAGGCUGGCGAAGUGCAAGCAUGCAGAGCUCUGCAUGGGAGAGUUUGCUCGACCUGCAUCUGGUCAAUCUGACAAGCCACCAAAUCAUCAUCAGCCAAAUCGUCCAACAUCCCGACCUGGCCAAUGAUGCUUCGAGCGUGUUCCGCGGACGCAUACAGGGAAUGCUAGACAUAUCCACGCGAUUGCUCGACCAGGCAAGGCUGGUCAAAGCAGAGCUGCGAAACGAGAGUGGCAAUAGUCCGGAGGACGAUGCGACGAGAACCCACAAAGUACGGCUGGCUACAGCUCCCGGAGCUCACAUACCGGAUACCCCCGUGAAACGCUCUCUAGAAAACAGCGUGAUCGAGCUCUCUCCUUCGAAGCGCCUUAAACCAUCCACCGAAGAGAGCAACACCGUCCCGGUCGAGUACGACGACAUCACCGCCGAAGUGGAAGUCCGCCUCCGCGCGCAAGCGAUCCGCCGCGCCGAACGGCGUCGCGAACGAACCAUGUCCCCCAACACCAAGCGGAAGCGCAACAAACGGAAGCGACGGUCGCAGGAUUCCAUCGCGGAGGUGGAAGGCGGCGUGAUGGAUUUACGCAUGGGCAAAAGUAGGGGAAAGCGGGCGAAAUUCCGGCAUGAUGGGGACGAAGGCGUGGGCAUGCCUGGGGGUUCGGAUACGGGCGAUUCUAGGCCGGGGACAGGUGCGAAGGGCGCGACGGGAGAGGCAGAGGAGGAGGGAUGGAUGGCCUUGAAGCGAAACAAGUCGAACGCAUCGAUCGAAUCGGACAAGGGACGGCCGGUGAAAAAGAGGCAGAAGGCGGGUUUCUGA